AUGAGCGCCACCGUUCAACUUUUGCUCGCAGAAACCAUCUGUCUUGCCAACUUGCGAACCGCAGGCACAACGUCGCGACUUGCCUCUCCCUUUUCAGUUCCUCAACACCAGGCCAAAUCUCCCUCAGCCGCCUUUGCCACCCUCCCUCGGAGGCAACGACUGUCUUCAAUGGCGUCAGAAUCACUCAACUCGUCCCAUGAGGACAUUCAUAGGCGUCAUCAACGCCCGGUUGAAAACAAUACCGAGAGGAUCUCGGGAAGUCCAUAUACGACUCAGGCUGCUGCUGGCGCGGCAGCCGCGCGCGCAUUUUUCCCGUUGGGAUACCGCGAAGGCUUCAGUCAAUGGUGGGCUCGUCUACCUGCAGCUGCUGCCGAACACAAAGUCCUUUCUUAUCUGCCUUACUUGCAUCACCAGCCCCCCACUCACCUCCAGACUGGAAAAACGGCGGAGCUCCCCGAUGGCACUAGCCCGACCAGUCUCGAGAGUGCUGACCCUAACCAGCUGGGUGAAGUCACUACUAGCUCCCUUGAUGACCCUUUUGGUCCUCGCCGAUGGCGCUCCAGCAUGGUAGAGCUGAGCGGGCAAGACCGCGCGCUCAAUGAGUUCUCGGUAGAGAGGAUCGGCGAGGAAGCAGACCAACAUUUGGUCAUGCUCCACGGCUACGGCGCUGGACUUGGCUUUUUCUAUAAAAACUUCGAACCACUGAGUCGGUUGAAAGGCUGGCAACUCCAUGCCUUAGAUAUGCUAGGCAUGGGCCGGAGUACUCGACCCUCAUUCAAAAUCAAGGCAAAGGAAAGAGAAGACGCCAUCAGGGAGGCCGAGGCUUGGUUUGUGGAUGCCUUGGAGGAAUGGCGCAUCAAACGCAAUAUUGAUCGCUUCACCUUGCUUGGACACAGUCUCGGCGGGUACAUGGCGGUUGCCUACGCGCUGAAAUAUCCCGGUCAUCUAAACAAGCUUAUCCUGGCAUCUCCAGUUGGCAUCCCAGCGGACCCAUACGCUAUCACUGCAGAUGUGUCCGAGCCUCCGACAUCAACGUUGGCCAACGAGCUUACUCAAGACGAGCGAGAUCUCACUUCGUAUACUGCCAUUCCGGGAACAGCACCGAAGACAGGCGACGGUAGCUUUAUCACUGGGCGCCAACCACUCCCCGCUGCUUCCGCUCCACCUCCACCUCCACGACGGAAUAUCCCCAAGUGGUUCUCGUAUUUAUGGGACGCCAAUAUCUCCCCCUUCAGUCUGGUGCGGUGGGCUGGUCCUUUAGGGCCACGUCUCGUGUCCGGAUGGACUUCUCGUCGUUUCUCCCAUCUACCAGCCGAGGAAGCUAAGGCACUCCACGACUAUUCGUACUCGAUCUUCAGUCUUCGCGGUAGCGGCGAGUACGCGCUAGCAUACAUUCUUGCCCCCGGUGCUUUCGCUCGCAGUCCUCUCAUCCACCGUGUCCAAGGCCUCGGAAGACAAUUGAUCCAAAACACAAACGCCCUCCCUCAUCCAAUCUCUGCUGCCACCACUUCGUCAACUCCCUCUGAUACUACACCCGCAUCCACCGCCGCUACUUCGUCUGACUCUUUGGCACCCGCUCGGCGCGAGAAGGGUCUCCCCGUUGUAUUCAUGUAUGGCGACCACGACUGGAUGGAUGUCUCAGGUGGUCAUGCAGCAGCAGCUAAAUUGGAAGAAGAGAAGCGCAAAGUCCUAGAAAAGGCCACCCCAGAGGAGAAACGUACCGAUGAAGGUUCCUCUAAAGUGGUUGUCGUGAAUAGGGCUGGCCACCACUUGUAUCUCGACGGCUGGGAGGAGUUCAACAGUAUUGUGCUCACCGAGAUGGAAGAGGUCAACCAGAGGGAGAGAAGUCGUCAGUAA